CCCACCUCUUAUCCACCCCUCCUCCAAAGCCACUCUCGACAGUCCAGUCAUCCCCCAUAGCCACUGCCUUCUCCCUGUUCUAAUUCCCUCAACCCAGAAACUCUGCUGAAAUUCCGGCCAAAAAUGGCUGCAGAAAUGGCUCUGGUAAAACCCAUCUCAAAAUUUGGCGGAACCACCCCCAAGUUGAGCAGCCCAAGGCCUUAUGGAAUGUUCUGCGUUAAAAUGUCAGCCACUGCACAGCCCGCACCAAAGUCCAAGAAAGGCAAGACAGCGAUUAAGGAGACGCUCCUCACACCCAGGUUCUACACCACAGACUUUGAUGAAAUGGAGAGACUUUUUAACACUGAGAUCAACAGGAAACUGAACCAGAGCGACUUUGAAGCGCUGCUCCAAGAGUUCAAGACUGAUUACAACCAGACCCAUUUCGUCAGGAACAAGGAAUUCAAGGAGGCUGCUGAUAACAUGCAAGGCCCUCUGCGACAGAUUUUCGUUGAGUUUCUGGAGAGGUCCUGCACUGCUGAAUUCUCUGGUUUUCUGCUGUACAAGGAGCUCGGAAGGAGGCUAAAGAAAACAAAUCCAGUUGUGGCAGAAAUUUUUGCACUUAUGUCCAGGGAUGAAGCCAGACAUGCUGGGUUUUUGAACAAGGGCCUAGCUGAUUUCAAUUUGGCAUUGGACUUGGGUUUCCUUACAAAGGCUAGAAAAUACACAUUCUUCAAACCAAAAUUCAUUUUCUAUGCCACAUACUUAUCUGAGAAAAUUGGGUAUUGGAGGUACAUAACCAUAUACAGGCAUCUCAAGGCCAACCCUGAAUUCCAAGUUUAUCCAAUUUUCAAAUACUUUGAGAACUGGUGCCAAGAUGAGAACAGGCAUGGGGACUUCUUUUCUGCAUUGUUAAAGGCACAGCCACAAUUCCUCAAUGACUGGAAAGCAAAGUUGUGGGCCCGAUUCUUUUGUCUAUCGGUAUAUGUGACAAUGUACCUUAACGACUGCCAGCGAACAACUUUUUAUGAGGGAAUUGGACUCAACACCAAAGAAUUUGACAUGCAUGUCAUUAUUGAGACAAACCGCACAACUGCUAGGAUUUUCCCAGCAGUUCUGGAUGUUGAGAACCCAGAGUUCAAGCGGAAGCUGGACAGGAUGGUGGAAAUCAACAAGAAGCUGAGUGCUGUUGCAGAGAGUCAAGACAUACCUUUUGUGAAAAACUUAAAGAGGAUUCCACUCAUUGCAGCAUUGGCCUCUGAGCUCUUGGCUGCAUAUCUCAUGCCCCCAAUUGAGUCUGGAUCAGUGGAUUUUGCAGACUUUGAGCCACAACUUGUUUACUGAUUCUUUUGAAGCACCUAUUUCAUGCUUUCUGAUUGUGUGCUUACUGCUGUUAACUGUUGUUGUAUGGCUCGUGUACCAAACUGAGGAAAAUUUAAUUUAUUGAUGAAAGCCCUUUUUCUUGUAACACUGAGUACUUUCCACAGAAACUAGGUUUCCUUUCCCUUUGUUCA